AUGUCUGAUGUUGAGGCCACGUACGCAGACUUCAUCGCCUCCGGCAGGACGGGCCGCAGGAACGCCCUGCACGACAUCCUGCAGAGUCCCACCGACCCCGAGGGACGAGAGCUGCCCCUCACCCUGUCCCUGUCCCAGCUGCACAUCAACGCAGGAGGCGGAGAUGGAGACGACACUGAGGACAGCCAGAGCUCCUCCUCCAUCCAGAGGGAGGCUGAGCAGAGGAACAGUUAACCUGCCGCACACUCCAGCCAGCAGACAGAGCGUCGUCAGGCGGAUUCCAGCCACCGUUUGGAUGAACCAGUUCGUCCGAAGUGGGCUGGUAGCCGGAGGGUAGUACCAUGACUGCUGACGUGCCUUCAAACAUGGCACUGACCCCCCAGAACCCACUGUAGAAGUGCUGC